GCGGAGCCGCGCCGCCCCGCGCUUCUGAGGCCAUCAAGCAGUGCUCCAGCGAGGACACCCGGGACGCUGCCACCGCCGCCCCUGGGAGGACGCCCCAGGGAGGGGGGAGGUCUCUCAAAGGGGGCGCCGCUGUCAGGGCACGUGCCGCGCGAGCCCGUGAGCCCGUGCGAGCAGCGGACUGGCGCCAGUACUGCGGUGCGCGCCUCGUUGCCGACGCCGACGCCCCCGCGCUCGCGGCCACCAGUCCCGACCAGACUCACCCGCCGCCCAGCGCCAGCGCCCGUCACACACCGCCGCCAUGGCGAAGCUGGUCCAGCAGAUGGCCGACCUGUACGAGGUUGUCCAGAAACACGUGGAUCCUCGAUCCAAGGACUGGUUCAUAACAAGCUCGAUCCUGGUGCCCAUCACGAUCAUAGCCGUGUACUUACUGAUUGUCAAGCGGUGGGGCCCUCGGUUCAUGGCGAACCGUGCGCCGUACAAGAUCGAGCCCCUCGUCGCCGCCUACAACUUGAGCAACAUAUUAAUCUGCACCUAUCUGGUCUUCCGCAGCGUCCAGCUGUGGUUCAAGAUGGACUACAGCUUCCUCUGCCAGCCGUUCGACAAGGAAGAAACGGAGGACAACCGCGAGUAUGCAAAUUUGGUCUGGGGUUACGCUGCCCUCAAAGUCUGGGAUUUAUUGGACACGAUAUUUUUUGUCUUAAGGAAGAAAGAUAGACAUGUCUCAUUUCUCCAUGUCUAUCACCACAGUACGAUGGUAUUUGGAGGGUAUCUAGGCUGCAAAUUUAUUUUAAAUGGAGGUCUGACCUUAAUCGGUGUCAUCAAUUCAUUUGUGCACAUCGUCAUGUACUCGUAUUACCUAUACACGACGUUGUUCCCCAACAGUCGUCCCAGUUUAGGAGUGAAGAAGUCAAUAACCUUGCUGCAGUUGACUCAGUUUACUAUUUUGAUCAUUCAUAAUAUUUUACCAUUUCUACAACCUAAUUGCGAAGUUGAAAGAUUCUGGUGUUUAGUCCUGCUGGUGCAAGCAAGCUUCAUGUUUGCCAUGUUCGCGGACUUCUACAUCAAAAACUACACGACAGCCAAAGAGGCGAAAAAGAUGAACUAGCUAUCAACAACCGAGAGGUGUACUUAGAACUUUGCUGAAGAAAGCGCCUCGAUGUUGAAGACAGAACCGUUUCCAUUCGAUCCCUCGGAAAAAUACCGUCAUCUGGGGCUACUUUGUAUUGUUUGAAGACCGAUUGCUGAGUUUUUAGGUGUCAACCAGGAAAGAGGUGAAAAGGAGAAAACUCUCCAGUUGAUUUCCAGCAAAAUGAGCCUCAAGGAACGAGGGAAUUCCAAUCGCGAUUGGUCACGAUGACGUCAAGUGCCAAGAGUGUAUUCAGAGAAAACGACGGCCUGAGACAGUUUAAACUUACUCACAGUUCAGCGCCAUUAAGCGAUUUGGGUUUUUGUUGUUUUUUUGUGCAUCAAUAAUUAUUUAUUUUUUAAAAUUAUUUCGUUGUUUUUUCAUGUAUAUUUCAUUUUAAUGUGUAUUUCAUGUAACUAUAAUAAUAAUAAAUCUACUACUACCAGGA